AUGACGACCUUUGGCUUCCUUUCUCUGUUGCUGGCACUGGCUGUCACAAUAUGGAGCUCAAAUGCUUCUGCAUCAUCCGACUACCAUGAACAACUCUUCCUUGAACCUCUCCCUCAAUCAUCUCUCCUAGCUUCGUUCAACUUCCGAAGUAACACCUCACAACAAGCUUUCGACAACCAACAUUUCCGAUAUUUCCCUCGAGCGCUGGGUCAGAUUCUCCAACAUGCGCAUACAAAAGAACUUCACUUGCGAUUUACUACGGGGCGAUGGGACGCCGAAAGCUGGGGUCCACGGCCGUGGGGUGGCAGUAAAGAAGGUGGCACUGGUGUGGAGCUCUGGGCCUGGAUUGAUGCCCCAGAUGACGAUGAGGCUUUCGGUAAAUGGAUCGCUUUGACACAAUCCCUGUCGGGCCUGUUUUGCGCUUCUUUGAAUUUCGUCGACUCAACACGAACAACCCGUCCUGUUGUAUCUUUUGAGCCGACUGGCGAUCACCAAGACGUUAAUGGCCUUCACCUACUACACGGAACCCUGCCCGGCGAGGUGGUGUGCACAGAGAACUUGACCCCUUUCCUGAAGCUCCUCCCGUGCAAGGGUAAAGCGGGUAUCUCCACACUUUUUGAUGGCCAUAAGCUGUUUGAUGCGGCAUGGCAAAGCAUGUCAGUGGAUAUGCGACCGAUCUGCACCUCCGACGGUGACUGUGUUGUUCAAAUCGAACAGACCAUUGAUAUGGUCCUAGAUGUUGAACGUUCCAAGCGACCUCGGUCAAACCCCAUUCCUAGGCCUCUUGCGAAUGAGCUUCUAGCUUGUGACACUUCCAAGCCUUACAACUCGGAAGACACUUGCUUCCCCUUGGAGAAGGGGGCAGAUGCUGCUUGGAGCAUCUCAGAAGUUUUCGGUCGCACAUUGACCGGUCUAUGUCCUUUAACAGGUUCCGAUGGCACUCAGGAGCACUCGGUUUGUCUCCGAGUUCCCCAUGAAAAGCAAGUUUUCAUUACCGAGGGCUCGACUGAGAUCAAGAAAGAGGACGGCUUCACGCGCUGCUUUGACGUGGCACCCGCUCAGCCCUUUGACCUGUCGAUCCCAGAACAGACUGUUGACAUUCCAGUUCCCCGAGAAGAGCCUAUUCUAUAUGCCGAGCGAACCAUUGUCGGUCACGGUCAGGAGCGCGGUGGCAUGCGCAUCAUAUUUGGCAAUCCGUCCAAUACCACGGCAGUAGACUUUAUCCUGUUUGAGUCUCUGCCAUGGUUCCUGCGACCUUAUAUCCACACUUUACAAGCGACUAUUACGGGCCGCGAUGGAAUUCCCACUGAGAUUGCGGCAUCAGAUCUUGUCACUUCGACAUUUUACCGACCGGCCAUUGAUCGCGAACGCGGAACACAACUAGAAAUAGCGCUCUCCGUCCCAGCGGCAUCGACCGUGACCCUAACAUAUGACUUUGAAAAGGCUAUCUUGCGGUAUACAGAGUAUCCGCCGGAUGCCAAUCGUGGUUUCAAUGUUGCCCCUGCCGUCAUUCGGAUUUUGAAUGUGGAAAAUAGUGCCCCGGUUUAUAUCCGGUCUACUAGUCUUCUGCUGCCUCUGCCAACCCCCGACUUCAGCAUGCCCUACAAUGUGAUCAUCCUCACCAGUACUGUGAUUGCUCUUGCAUUUGGUACCGUUUUCAAUAUUCUCGUGCGACGUGUGGUUUCGGUAGACGAGGCUGCUGCAUUGGGUGCUCAAAGUCUCAAGGGUCGACUUCUGGGCAAGUUGGUGACCAUUCGAGACCGGUUCCGCUCCAAGGAGACCAAGGUUGAAUAG